AUGGCAAAGUUGGCUGUUGCGUUCACGGAGCUGCUUGUGCUUGCCCUUGUCCUGGCCCCAGCCACCGCCAGGAACGUGCCUGACCUCGUCACAGCAACCACCAAAACGCCAACCGGCGGCGACGCCAGUGCAGGGCUCGAAGACAAGAAAAACUUCGUCUUUGGUGGAGUCGGUGGCAUUGCUGGUGGUUAUGGUGGCGCUGCUGGUGUAGCUGGACUCGGUGGGCUCGGCGGCCUCGGCGGGGUUGGUGGAGUGGGUGGUCUCGGUGGACUUGGCGGGGUUGGCGGUGUGGGAACCGGCGCCGGAGGCGGUUUCGGCGGCGGCGGCGCUGGUGGCAUCACACCGUGA